UCCAAACAUGUUAUCUGACGAAGGAAGGAUUUCUGAAGAAGUCCAAGCCCUGUCCGCAGGCAUUCACACACAUAUAUAGUAUUAAACAUAGUGUUUGAGCAUUUUUUUUGGGGGGGGGCAUUGAUUAAUUAAAACAUUCGGGGACAGCAAGUCGGUAUGAUAGCAAGUCAAGUCAUACCGACUUGCUGUCCUCGACCGUUUUAAUUAAUCAAAGCGAUGCGACUCGGUGUUAAUAUGCACCUUAUUAUCGCUCUGCGUCAGUGUUAUGAAGCAUGCAGUCGGUCUGCAUUCUGGAAAAAAGAAAAAAAAAGAAAAACACACUGCCUCAUACUCCUCUACUCUGCGCACUUUGCUUCUCUAGAACACAAUCAUAAAUCUUGCAUGGUAGCACUACUCGUAUUGUUCUCCGCUUGAUGCAUCACUGCGCUUGUAUUUCCUCGUUUGUAAGCCGCUCCGGAUAAAAGCGUCCGCUAAACGAAUAAAUGUAAACGAAAAAGGAAACGUUGCCCGAGAUACGCUCGGACGUGUGAACGUGUGACGGAAUUUCCCGCGGUAAUAAUGGCGUGUUGUGUCACCUAGACGGCACGUAGAUGUUCGUUGACUGCUUCUGAAUCUAUUCACGAAAAAGAGCGCUGUAACAAAUACGGAAAAAAAUUACGAAGAACACAAAUACGGAAGGAAAACUCCUCCUGCCGUGCUUGCUUGUUGUAGUUGUGUCAGUUCGGUCGAUUCUUUUAAUCCAGUAAUCGCGUUUAAAGGUGCGCUAGGUGCUCUUUUUUUCCCCAAGAUUAGGUCUCUAACAUGAGUCAGAUGUUUGAAUGAUUCCUGCCAAUGUUCAUUAAGCUCCGCCCCCAGGAUCUCCAGUGGCCCAUAGAAUGUCUGUAAAAUGACUGACAAGAGGCGCAUCCGAACACAGACGAGCAUUACUGACCGGAACUCGCACCUGAGAGAGAGAGAGAGAGAGAGAGAGCGUGAGAGCGAGAGAGAAAGUUGGAGUGUGUGGAAUGGCAGGAGGAAGAAGAGGAGCGAGCCGGACGACGUACUGUCGUUCUCCGCUGGGCAACGAGGCAGGAUCCCUCAACAACAGCAACCACUCCACCAGCUCACCUGUGACAGGUGUGAGGUCACGGACGAGCAGGAACAGUUCGGGACCGGGGAUCGCCAGCCCCCCUCUCGCUACACAGACGGUGGUCCCUUUGAAGCACUGUAAGAUCCCCGAGCUCUCUGUGGACCGCAACGUGAUGUUCGAGCUGCACCUCCUCUUCUGCCACCUCAUCGCACUCUUCGUGCACUACGUCAACAUCUACAAGACGGUGUGGUGGUACCCGCCCUCACACCCGCCCUCACACACAUCGCUGAACUUCCAUCUGAUCGACUAUAACAUGCUGGUGUUCACCAUCAUCGUGUUGUCACGCCGGCUCAUCGCAGCCAUCGUUAAAGAGGCAUCUCAGAGCAGGAAGUUUCCUCACUCUGUCUUCCUGGUGACGGCUCGCUUUGCCGUUUUGACGCUCACCGGCUGGAUUUUGUGUCGUUCGCUCAUCCACCUCUUCAGAGCGUACUCCGUGCUCAGCCUCCUGUUCCUCUGCUACCCUUUUGGGAUGUAUAUCCCUAUCCUCAGACCGAGCAGUGACGUCCGUCUCUCCCCCAUCGCCUCUGUCGGCUCCAGAGACAUGGGGGCGGGCGUGGGCUUGUCCGCGGGGCGGGACUACCUCUCUGUGCUGAAGGAGACGUGGAAGCAGCACACGAGCCAGCUGUACGGCAUCCAGCCCAUGCCCACGCACGCCUGCUGCCUCUCACCCGACCUCAUCCGCAAAGAGGUCGAGUUCCUCAAGAUGGACUUCAACAAGAGGAUGAAGGAGGUGCUGGUCAGCUCCAUGCUCAGCGCGUAUUACGUCGCCUUCAUUCCUGUCUGGUUCGUCAAGAGCACUCAGUACGUGGAUAAGCGCUGGUCGUGCGAGCUCUUCAUCCUCGUGUUCGUGAGCACGUCGGUGAUCCUGAUGCGCCACCUGCUGCCCCCCCGCUACUGCGACCUGCUGCACAAAGCCGCCGCUCACCUGGGCUGCUGGCACAAAGUGGACCCCUCGCUGUGCUCCAACGUCCUGCAGCACACGUGGACAGAAGAGUUCAUGUGGCCACAGGGGGUGUUGGUGAAACACAAUAAAAACGUGUAUAAGGCCAUGGGCCAUUACAACGUAGCAGUGCCUUCAGACGUCUCGCAUUAUCGCUUCUACUUUUUCUUCAACAGGCCUCUUCGAAUAUUAAACAUCCUCAUCAUCCUGGAAGGAGCCAUGAUAUUCUAUCAGCUCUACUCGCUGAUGUGUUCGGAAAAGUGGUACCAGACGAUAUCGUUAGCGCUGAUCCUCUUCAGUAACUACUACUCCUUCUUCAAGCUGCUCAGAGACAGAAUCGUGUUGGGAAAAGCGUACUCGUACUCCACCUCGUCAGACCACAAAGUCAGCUAGACGCUCGUACCUGAACUCCCGUCACGCCAGCGGCCGAGGACAGAAGCAUGCACCAGAGCUUUUUAUUUUUUCUAUAGCUUUUUUGUUUGUUUGUUUGUUUGUUGUUGUCACUCUGUUUAUGUUCUGACCUGCCAUGGAAUAAAAAAAGAAAAUAUUUUUGUAUUCCUUCA